GCUUCUGCUGAAAAAUCCUCUAAAUCCUCUGCCACUGGGCAAAGAUGUUUUGACCAAUAUGGUGUUACCCUUCCCAAUAACAAUACAAGCUCUUUCAUUGGAGAACUGCCUUCCUCUCUGCUGCCUUGUUCUGCCUCAUUUCCAAUGCAGUACUUGGGUUAUCAGCAGACUGAGGGAAUUAAUACUGCGCAAUACCUCAACAUGGAAGUAGCACAAAUGUGGAAUGAAGGUACAUCAUGUACUGGCAAUAUUCAUGGAAUGUCCAAUAUACCUCAGAAUCAACAGACCUAUUCUUCAUUUCUACAUAACGAAGGACAAGCUUAUCCUCCAUAUGUGGAUCACCAUGCAGCAGCUGAGACCUUUAAACCCCACCAAAAUCUCUUAUCACCGCCUCUGAAUGACAGCACUAUUAUUCAUUCAGGCGCCGAAUCGAGAGUGAGCAGCUCGAAUGCUUCUUCAUUCACCGUUUUUAUCAAUUAUAUUCCAAUCGAUGUUCCAAUGGAUCCUAUGAAUGUGAAGGCCCUCUUCGGUCCAAAUGCUGUUCUGUUUCAUUCCUACGGCCAACCAGUAAUAAUGGAUGAACAGGGAUUCACUUUGCAAGCCCUGCAACAAGGAGCUAUGUAUUACUUGAUGCAAAUAUGAAUUGGUCGAUCGGCUCCCUAGAAUAGUGUUCUCUUGUCUAUGGCAGACAUAUAUUAUUCCAGUUAUAUAUACAGUGCUUAGAAAGUUUAUCAUGGUCAACUUAGUAUUAUGGUGAUUAUAUAGCG